AUGAAGGCUUUGAGGGAAGGUGUUGGAGGAGAAGGGGAACCACGACUCAGAGGACCUCCGAGAUCAACCACCUCGCCAAGACCCUCCGCCGAAGACCCUCCUGCCGAAGACCCUCUGCCGAAGACCCUCCGCCGAAAGAAGACCCUCCCGCCGAAGACCCUUCCUGCCGAAGACCUCUGCCGAAGAGAAGACCUCCGCGAAGACCCUCCUGCCGAGAAGACCCUCCCGCCGAAGACCCUCUGCCCCCCGCCGAAGACCCUCCGCUCCCCUCCUGCCGAAGAAGCCCUCCUGCCGAAGAAGACCUCCUCUGCCGAAGACCCUCCUGCCGAGACCCUCCUGCUGAAGACCCUCCUGCCGAAGAACCCUCCUGCCGAAAGACCCUCCUGCGAAGACCCUCCCGCCGAAGACCCCUCCUGCCGAAAAGACCCUCCUGCCGAAGACCCUCCUGCCGAAGACCCUCCUGCCGAAGACCUCCUGCCGAAGACCCUCCUGCCGAAGACCCUCCUGCCGAAGAAGACCCUCCCGCCGAAGACCCUCCCCGUCGAAGACCCUCCCGCCGAAGACCCUCCCGCGAAGACCCUCCCGCCGAAGACCCUCCCGCCGAAGACCCUGCCGAAGACCCUCGCCGAAGACCCUCCGCCGAAGACCCUGCCGAAGACACCUCCUGCCGAAGACCCUCCUGCCGAAGACCCUCCUGCCGAGACCCUCCCGCCGAAGACCCUCCUGCCGAAGACCCCCGCCGAAGAAGACCCUAAGACCCUGCCGAAACCCUCCCGCCGAAGACCCUCCGCCGAAGACCUCCUGCCGAAGACCUCCUGCGAAGACCCUCCUGCCGAAGACCCUCCCCCUCCUGCCGAAGACCCUCCCGCCGAAGAACCCUCCGCCGAAGACCCUCCUGCCCGAAGACCCUCCUGCCGAAGACCCUCCUGCCGAAGACCCUCCUGCGAAGACCUGCUCCUGCCGAAGACCCUCCUGCCGAAGACCCUCCUGCCGAAGUGCCGAAGAGAAGACCCUCCUGCCGAAGAAGACCCUCCUGCCGAAGACCCUCCUGCCGAAGACCCCUCCCCGCGAAGACCCUCCUGCGAAGACCUCCUGCCGAAGACCCUCCGCCGAAGACCCCUCCUGCCGAAGACCCUCCUGCCGAAGACCCUCCUGCCGAAGACCCUCCCGCCGAAGACCCUCCUGCCGAAGACCCUCCUGCCGAAGACCUCCGCCGAAGACCUCCCGCUCCCUCCUGCCGAAGACCCUCCUGCGAAGACCCUCCUGCCGAAGACCCUCCUGCCGAAGACCUCCCGCCGAGAACCCCCUCCCGCCGAAGACCCUCCUGCCGAAGACCCUCCGCCGAGACCCUCCUGCCGAAGAGAACAAUUCCCCGCCGUGAAUGGCGGCGCAGGUGGCAAGGCUGAUCCAAGCCUGAUCCAUUGUGACAUAAGUAUUACUGUAUUUUUAGGACUGAAUCCGUUGUUAAGUAGAUUUCUGUGUAGUGAUGAUGUCAUGAUCCUCUACGUCCUGGCCAUAACCAAGAUCAGCUGUUGA